AUGACGAGGCGUCGCGAUGACGACACCACUACAUACGAUCCGUACACCGGCGUCCUGCCUGCCCUCCCGCCCGGCACGCAACUCCCGGACAAGGACCCGCGCAGCAACGCCGCAACCGCCGCCUCGGCCGCCGGCGUUCGCGCCCUGAGCGCCCAGGCCAUCGCUUUCUACUUCCGUGCUCCGGUCAAGGCUUUCUUCCGGACCCGCGUCGACUAUCUUGCCUAUGCUCGGAGCGUGCACCAGGCGCAGACGCAGGCUCUCGCCCAGGCCGCCGCGAAAGAACCCGGAUCACGUCUGGACCUCACCCUUCGACAGGCAUGGUUCUACCUGAGGGGCACCACGCCCGGCGUGCUCACCUCUGCCGUCAAGCAACACGGCUGGGGCGUGCUUCCGCACCAAGUACUGCCGCCGCUCAUCGCGAACGUCGGCGUCGGGGCAGUGUUGUAUACAAGCUACCUAACGAUCCUCGGAUCUCUCCAUGAGCCGAGCGGCCAGUCGAGGAAGACGGUCUACCCGCCGCCGCAACCUUACCAGACCUUCACCGCAGGACUACUAGCUGGCAGCUUGCAGAGCUUUAUGGCUGCACCUCUGGAUGCCAUCCAGGCGAGGUAUGAUCAUCGAGAUCUCAUGACCAGCGAUGGCGGCAAACCGAAGUCCAUGUGGACCUUCAGCGCCGAGAAGCUCCGGGAAAUAGGUCCGCGCGGCAUCUUCGCCGGUUGGGGACUAUCUCUUAUGAAGGACGGCUUUGGUAGCGCCAUUUUCUUCAGCGUGUUUGAGUACGUGAAGGCGCAAGGCUACUACAAGUUCGUAUCAUGGUAUUACGGCGGGCUGGAGGAACACAUCGUCGACUUCCUCGCGCAAAAACGGCCGACCACCAAGGACGCCCUCGGGGAAGACGCACAACCGCUCAUCAUCCGACCUCACUACGCUAUUGAGCCCGCAUUCCUGUUACUUGCUGGAAUUAGCGCCUCGGUCACCCAGCAAGUCCUGCUACAUCCACUGACGCAUGUGCAAGUCGAGCAUUGGGAUCGACUGGAAGAACUAGACGCUAAGGCCGCCAAACUUCGAGAGCUCCGGGGCGCAGACCCGAAUAAGCAGCGGCAGGGCUGGAGGAUGUUCAGGGCUUACUACAACGCAUACCAGGAGACUUGGUCCGAGUGCCAGUUGGAGGCGGCCAAGGAAGGACUGAGCAUGAGGAAAUGGCUAUGGAGGGGCUUCUGGUGGAAUACCAUCCGUCAGGUGCCCAGCACCAGCGCUGGGUUGAUUAUUUUCGAGUUGGUCCGUCGCAAGUACGGGCUGGGCAACGAGGAGGUUCGCAUUACACGGGACGGGUACGAUAUCCUGCUAAACUAG